UUCAAUAUGCAACCUCUGCAGUCUCUACCUAAUUCAACAACACCACCUUCCUCUCCUCCUUCAGCAAACUGAUAAUUGGACUAUUACCCUUUAUUACCCUUUAUUCAUCCUCAUAAAUAUUUUAGACCUUGACCCUCAUAUUUCAUCCAAACAUACUUCACAGCAUUCAAAUAUUUAGGCAACAUUUAUGGAGAACCGCCAAAAUUUCCCCUUCGUUCCUUUCUUUUACUUCUUUUGCUUACUUGGGUUUGUUUUUAUUCAAACCGAAGCUGCUGUAAAGAAGUACCAGUUUGAUAUCCAAGUGAGGAAUGUCAGAAGGUUGUGCCAUGCCAAGCCAAUUGUCACAGUUAAUGGGAUGUUCCCAGGGCCUACAAUAUAUGUUAGAGAAGGUUACAGAGUUCUAGUAAAUGUGACCAACUCUGCCCAAUAUAACAUGUCCAUUCAUUGGCAUGGUUUAAAGCAAUAUCGAAAUGGCUGGGUAGAUGGACCAGCAUAUAUAACACAAUGUCCAAUCAAGACAGGGAACAGUUACGUAUAUGAUUUUAAUGUGACGGGGCAAAGAGGAACACUCUGGUGGCAUGCACAUAUCUUUUGGCUAAGGGCCACUGUCUAUGGUGCAAUUGUCAUCAUGCCAAAACAAGGGACUCCGUUUCCUUUCCCUCGGCCUGAGAGAGAAGAAAAUAUCCUCCUAGGCGAAUGGUGGAACAAAGAUGUUGAAGCACUUGUUAAACAAGGGAACAAGUUAGGAUUGCCACCAAACAUGUCCGAUGCACAUACCAUUAAUGGAAAGCCAGGGCCACUCUUUCCAUGUUCUGAUAAACAUACCUUUGCAAUGGAGGUUGAACAAGGAAAGUCAUACCUCUUGAGAAUAAUCAAUGCUGCACUUAAUGAUGAGCUUUUCUUUGCCAUUGCUGGUCAUAACCUGACAGUUGUAGAGGUUGAUGCAGUGUAUACCAAACCCUUCACAACUCAAGCAAUACUGAUAGCACCAGGACAGACCACAAAUGUUCUUGUUCAAGCCUCCCAAGUUCCAAGCAGAUAUUUUAUGGCUGCUAGGCCUUUCAUGGAUGCACCACUUUCCAUUGACAACAAAACUGCCACAGCAAUACUACAAUACAAAGGCAUUCCAAACACUGUACUCCCAAUCCUUCCCAAAUUGCCAGCACCCAAUGCCACAGCUUUUGCACUAACCUACAAUGCCAAACUUCGAAGCCUCAAUUCUCCUCAGUUCCCAGCAAAUGUUCCACUCAAAGUUGACCGACAUCUCUUUUACACAAUUGGUCUGGGAAUAAAUCCUUGUCCAACUUGUCUAAAUGGAACACAACUCACUGCUUCCUUAAACAACAUCACCUUUGUAAUGCCCCAAAUAGGCCUUCUUCAAGCUCACUAUUUCAACAUCAAGGGGGUGUUUAGAACAGAUUUCCCAGACCGCCCUCCAACUCCUUUCAAUUAUACUGGUGCACCACUCACUGCCAACCUUGGCACUAAACUUGGCACCCGGCUUAGCAAGGUUGCUUUUAAUUCAACAGUGGAGUUGAUCUUGCAAGACACAAAUCUUCUCAGUGUUGAGUCCCAUCCAUUCCAUCUUCAUGGUUACAAUUUUUUUGUUGUUGGGACUGGAGUUGGGAACUUUAACCCUUCAAAAGAUCCAGCCAAAUUUAACUUGGUAGAUCCCCCUGAAAGAAACACAGUUGGGGUUCCGACAGGUGGUUGGACUGCCAUAAGGUUCAGGGCUGAAAAUCCAGGUGUGUGGUUCAUGCACUGUCAUCUGGAGCUUCACAUUAGCUGGGGUUUAAAGACAGCAUUUGUGGUGGAGAAUGGAAAAGGUCCUGAUCAAUCUGUUCUGCCUCCACCUAAGGACCUUCCUCCUUGUUAGCUGAUUGAAACUCCUGAGAAUACUAAAGGGAAAAUUAAAAUUUGUAUCAGACUCUUUUCUAGUUUUAACUUAAAACCUCACUUGUAUACACUAAAUUCAUUUGUCCAUAAGGAUUGGUUGUUU